CGCAGACAUCACAAAGAUCAUAGCGCAUCACGGGAAACUCUCAGAAGCCCCUCACUGGGCGGGCGGGACGCCAGCAGGUUUCAAGUGUGAAUGGGCCCUUCAGGUGAACAAUCAUGUUCGCGAGCACCUCUGUCCUCUUGCUCUAUUGAAAGGGAUGAAACGACUUGUACUCCCCAAAAAGCCUGUGCGCCCUACUUCAUUAUUAGCAACUGGUGACUUCUUUUGCGGCGCGGGUGGGUUUUCCGAAGGCUUUAAAAUGGCGAAUUUCAAUGUAGUCGUUGGAAUCGACAGAAAUCUUCACGCGCACAAUACGUGGAAGAUCAAUCACCCCGAAGCUGAAGCACAUUUUGCAACCGUGGACACGUUUCUCUCCGAGCUAGAAGAUGAAAAUAUAACGUGUCCUGAUCUCACAGUAGCCUUGAUUUCACCCCCUUGCCAGGGUUUUUCUGGAGCCAAUCCUGGUGGCAAAAAUGACGAUGUCAAUCGUAAAGCGUUAUCAAUUUCCACACGCAUCCUGACGACCACCAACACAUAUUACGGAUUAAUUGAGAAUGUUACUGGGCUUUCUUUCCCUCCGCAUCUGCACCAUCUGCACGAGGUCAUGAUAAAUUGCAUGAAGGCAGGAUAUCAAAGUCGCUGGGCGAUCCUUAACGCAAAAGAGUAUGGCGUUCCUACCAUUCGCAAACGGCUAUUUCUGGUUGUCGCCAAACUAGGACUUACUAUGCCCGCUUUCCCUAAGCCUACGAUACCUGAAACAGGACCAGUGACUCUACGAGAUGCGAUAAAGGACCUCGAUAUUUCUAACCCCCGAGAAGACGCUAAUUCGGGAAAUCCCGUUUUUAUGUUGACUCGAGAAAUGCUUACGCCAUAUGCAGAGUUGAUGGAUGCUUCCGAAAGGAUAGAACAUCACGCUAUUUCCACCGCGUCCGUAGCAGGUUGGCCCGUUGCGAAGUGGGACGAACCAGCAUGUACAAUUCGCACAUCGUGUAGCAAUCGUUGGGCAUGUGUGCACCCAGGAGGAGAAAGAUUGUUGUCCCCGCGGGAAUGUGCCAGGAUAAUGUCCUUCCCGGAUACAUAUUUUAUAUCUGGCUCAGUGACGGAUCAAUACAGACAAAUUGGUAACGCUGUAUGUAUCCGCCAUCAUAUAAUUUAUCAUUUGUUUGUCAUUCUCAUCGCACUCGCAGGUUGCACCCAGAAUGGCGUAUGCUCUUGGAGAGGCUUUCAUGGAGGCCAUUCUAGCGGAUUUUCUUUCGCCUGGUACCACUGAAAAAUCUAAAGAGGCUGCAUCAGGGAUCGGUUCCGGUUCCUCCACAGUUCUAGGCAAACACGAUCGUGAAGACGAAAACCCCGAUAACGGUAUGGGUCAUA